CCUAACUGCGCAUUAACAAUCUUGCAGUCGCAUAAUACUAGUCAUAUCACGGACACAACCCGAUCUGCGCAAAAUGGCCGACCCCGCGACUGAACCGCUUGCGACCGUCACCGAAACCGAAGAGCUGCCUAGAACCAAGGAAAAGCUGUCCGAACUGUCGCAGGCUGCCUCUAUCCACUACUCGACCAAGAACUUCCCUGCUGCCGCCGAGAACUAUGCCAACGCUGUCGAGAUCCAAGCCGAACUCAAUGGCGAAAUGGCGCCUGAGAAUGCCGAACUGCUCUUCUACUACGGGCGCGCGCUAUACAAGGUCGCGGUUGCUAAGAGCGACGUGCUAGGCAACAAGGUUGCGCAAGAGGAAAAGAAGAACAAGCAGCCCAAGUCGAAAAAGGCAGCAAAGACAGAGACAGGUGAAGGCUCAAGUACAGCGGCAGCCAAGGCCGAGCCAAAGACAGAAUCGGUCCAGAACAAGCCAUAUUUCCAGCUUACAGGCGAUGAAAACUGGACUGAUUCGGAGGAUGAAGAAGACGAUGACGAGGGCGAGCAGGAAGAGGACGACGACGACUUUGGCAACGCAUACGAGAUCUUCGAGUUGGCUCGCGUCCUCUACGAAAAGCAGCUGAAUGCACUCGCAGAGAGCGACUCUGCAGACAAGGGCAAGGGCAAAGCUGAGCUGAGCCCAGCCGAGCGCGUUAUCAAGGAGCGCAUUGCCGACUGUCACGGUUUCCUUGUGGAGAUCUCACUCGAAAACGAGCGCUUCCACGAUGCCGUAGCCGACGCCCGCAAGUCGCUUGCCCUGCAGGAGGAACUGUACCCAUUUGAGCACGAAAACGUCACCGAGGCACAUUACUCACUUUCUCUAGCCCUUGAGUUUGCAUCUGUAUCCAAGGUGCGCGAGGACCAGACGGGCCAAUCCACAGGUGCGCCCGACACGGAGCCCGGAAAAGAAGACGAGGACGGCGUCAACUGGGAGCUGCGAAAAGAAGCCGCCGACCAAACCGACCUCGCGAUCAAGAGCCUUGAAGCGCGGUUAAAGAAAGAGGAGGAUGCUCUCGACUCCGACGCGCUCAAGCCAGACCAGAAGGAGAAGCAAGCCAUCAUCGCCGACAAGAAGAGUAUGCUGGAGGAUCUCAAAACCCGUCUUGUCGACCUCAAGUCGGAUCCCACAAAGCAGCAGUUCGAUACCAUCGACUCGUCUGUCUUCCAGGGCUUGCUGGGUGGCAUGCUGGGUGCCGACCCAGCCACGCAAAAGGCUAAGCUGGCUGAAGUCGCCAAGACGGCAAACGAUGUUUCAGGUAUGGUCAAGAAGAAGGCAAAGGCACCGGUGGCAGCAGCAUCGUCGGCAUCGUCGGCAUCGGCGUCAAAAGACAGUGGCAGCAGCAAGAGGAAACUAGAAGUUGAAGACAGUGGCGCAGAUGAAAAGAGAGCGAAGACAGAGGAGCCAGCGUAAAUGCCCAUUUUGUCAGUUUCCAAUUGAGGCGUUUUUGGAUGACACGGUUAUAUUUAGCGUCAUGGAAGAAUAUGCAUGCCCUUUUUUUUUGUUCUUAAAUUUCACUGUUCACGAGCUAGGAUAGCGCUGCAGUCUGCUACAUAGGAUAAGAAUCAAAUGCA